AUGUCAGAACGUUCGGAAAUGGAACAUGCUGUAGCUAGAGUUGGUGCUGGGACAAUCCCCCUGUCGAUCCUAAUUGAAUUCAUCUCACAGAAAGUUUACACUGAUCUUAUGCGUCUUAUUGAUCUGUUGCCAAGCAAAACAGAUCUUGAAAAGAAGAUAGAAAUCGCUACAUUCUUUAGUCGUACUCAACAUCUUUUCAUAAGGCUCGAGGCCUUAGUUAAGUGGUCAAAUAGUGCAUCAAAGGUCGACAAAUGUGAGAAGAGCAAAGUUUCUUUUUGA